AUGGGGGUUGGUCGAGAAGUAGCAAUAUCACUCGAUGGUGUGAGGGACAAGAACGUGAUGCUGUUAAAGAAGCUCAACACUGCUAUCUUCCCCGUUCGUUACAACGAAAAGUACUACGCCGAUGCUCUGGCUUCCGGAAAAUUCACAAAGCUUGCAUAUUACAGUGACAUCUUUGUUGGAUCAAUUGCUUGUCGAAUGGAAAAGAAGAAAGGUACUAAGCUAUUGAACCAUGUUCUUGAGCUUUGUUUGAAGAAAUACAUACCAGAGAUCUAA